GAAAAUGGGUCAGCGGCGCUAUUAAAGUCGCUUUAAAGAUAAUAACUCAGCAUGAUGAACAUUUCUGAGAUGUGAAUGUGUGAUCGUGAUCAUGGUGCAGAGUUGUAGAUCUGGAUAUCCGUGUGUCAGUGGUGUGACUGCAUACCUGCGGCUUCGGAGCGUUCAUUAAAACACAAAGCUAUAGGAGAGAAAGAGAGAGAGAGAGAAAGAACGCGUGCGAGUUUGGGGUUUGGUUUGGGGAUAAGUUAAUGAGAGUUAGGUAAAGGAGUGUGUGGAGUGUGUGAUGUGAUGUUACUGGGGUAAAGGGGGAGAGGAGGGAGAGGAGAGGAGAGGAGGAGGAGGAGAUCUGCAGUGAAACACAGCAGAUAAGCUCGGCUUAAUUCCAGCUCAGGAGCGGCUCUGUUUUCUUACUGAACACAAAAUAAUAAUAAAUCGGUGUAUUUGUGAAACAUAUGGGAUAAUGAACAGGAGAAGAAAGCUUCAGAUCGCCAGAAGCGGGACACAGAAGUCGCGUUUGCCCUUUUAAACCAGCGGAUUAAUAGCAGAUCGAGUCAUAUCACCGAAAUAGUCCGGCUGUGUAAUGGGGAAGGAGGUGAACGGGGUGUCGCGGAGUCGCUUUGAGAUGUUCUCAAACAACGACGAGGCCGUCAUCAACAAGAAGCUGCCAAAGGAACUGUUGUUACGAAUUUUCUCCUUUCUUGAUGUGGUCACUCUGUGUCGCUGUGCACAAGUGUCUCGGUCAUGGAACGUUUUGGCUCUAGAUGGCAGUAACUGGCAGCGCAUUGAUCUCUUUGACUUCCAGAGGGACAUCGAGGGUCGUGUGGUAGAGAACAUUUCAAAGCGAUGUGGAGGAUUCCUGAGGAAGCUCAGUCUCCGAGGCUGUUUAGGUGUGGGAGACAGUGCACUCAGGACGUUUGCACAGAACUGCAGAAACAUCGAGCUGCUCAGUCUGAACGGCUGUACAAAGAUCACAGACAGUACCUGUAACAGUCUGAGUAAAUUCUGUCCCAAACUGAAGCACUUAGAUCUCGCCUCAUGCACCUCCAUCACCAACCUGUCUCUCAAAGCACUCAGUGAGGGCUGUCCCAUGUUGGAGCAGCUGAACAUCUCAUGGUGUGAUCAGGUGACCAAAGACGGCAUCCAGGCGCUCGUCCGCUGCUGUCCGGGGCUCAAAGGCCUGUUCCUCAAAGGCUGCACGCAGCUGGAAGACGAGGCUCUGAAACACAUCGGGGCUCACUGUCCAGAACUGAUCACUCUCAACCUGCAGACAUGUUCACAGAUCACAGAUGAAGGCUUGAUAACGAUUUGUCGAGGUUGUCAUCGGCUGCAGUCGCUGUGUGUGUCCGGCUGCGCAAACAUCACAGACGCCAUUCUGAAUGCUCUGGGCCAGAACUGCCCUCGUCUCAGAAUAUUAGAAGUGGCGCGCUGUUCACAGCUCACAGAUGUCGGCUUUACCACACUGGCACGGAAUUGUCAUGAGUUGGAGAAGAUGGAUCUGGAGGAGUGUGUACAGAUCACAGACUCCGCGCUCAUCCAGCUGUCCAUACACUGCCCUCGGCUCCAGGUUCUCAGUCUCUCACACUGUGAGCUGAUCACGGAUGAUGGUAUCCGUCACCUGGGGAGUGGGCCGUGUGCUCACGACCGACUGGAGGUGAUCGAACUCGAUAACUGCCCUCUCAUUACCGACGCCUCGCUGGAGCACCUCAAAACCUGCCACUGCCUCGACCGCAUUGAGCUGUACGACUGCCAACAGAUCACACGCGCCGGGAUUAAGAGGCUCAGGACUCACUUGCCCAACAUCAAAGUCCACGCAUACUUUGCACCUGUGACUCCACCCCCUUCGGUAGGAGGAAGUCGACAGAGGUUUUGUCGCUGCUGUAUCCUGCUAUGAUGUCACAGCAUCCGCCUCCUCGACCUUGGAUGACCUUAGUCCCUGAUUGUCCAGUAACACAUGCUGGUGGAUCACAGCAAACAAGGGAGAGAGAGUACAGCAAACAAGGGAGAGAGAGAUAAUGAAGAGAGAGAGAGAGAGAGGGGUGUGUGUGUGUGUGUGUGUGUGUGUGUGUGUCCUUACAAAGUGUUAAAUAUGUUGGGUUUCUCACUUUUCCUCCUAACAUCCACUGCACAUCUAAAAGUAUAUAUAAUUCUUUAAACAAGGAUGCACGAUGUUGCUGCACAGCGCCCCCUUCAGCCAGCUAGACAUGAAAGUUGAGUCAGUAAGUGAGCAGUUGAUGAGUCAUGAGUCAUUUGUGGAGUGGUUCAGUCAGCCAUGAGUCAGUUAGCGAGUACAUGAGUCGAGUCCAUGAGUCCGUUAGUGAGUGAGGCAUGACUUGGUGAGUACGUGAGUCAUGGAUCACGAGUCGAUCUGCAAGUGAAUCAUGGGUUGGCCAGUGAGUUGGUUGUCAAGUGAGUCAUGAGUUGAAUAGUGAGUCCAGAGAGGUGAGUCAUAUGAACUAGUCAGGUGAGACAGGAGUCAGCCAGUGAGUCUGUGAGCAUGUGA